GCGCGGAGGAAAAAAAUCCGCGAGACCGCGGCGGGAGAAGAUGGCGGUGCUGGGCAAGAGUUUGCAAUCUUUGUGACUGGGCGAGUCGGGUAACUAUUCAGGUCAUGGCGUCAAACUCAACCAAAUCUUUCCUGGCCGAUGCCGGCUAUGGCGAACAGGAGCUGGACGCUAACUCCGCUCUUAUGGAACUGGACAAAGGUCUGAGGUCUGGCAAACUCGGGGAGCAGUGUGAAGCAGUCGUGCGCUUUCCCAGGCUUUUCCAGAAGUACCCGUUUCCUAUUCUCAUCAACUCAGCAUUCCUUAAGUUAGCUGAUGUUUUCAGAGUUGGAAACAACUUCCUGCGGCUGUGUGUUCUCAAAGUGACCCAGCAAAGUGAGAAGCACCUGGAGAAGAUUCUAAAUGUGGAUGAAUUUGUGAAGAGGGUUUUCUCAGUGAUUCAUAGUAACGACCCUGUGGCGAGAGCUAUCACUCUCCGGAUGUUGGGAAGUCUGGCGUCAAUCAUCCCUGAGAGGAAGAAUGCCCAUCACAGUAUCCGUCAGAGUUUGGAUUCCCAUGAUAAUGUAGAAGUUGAAGCUGCUGUUUUUGCAGCUGCAAACUUCUCUGCACAGUCAAAGGAUUUUGCUGUGGGGAUCUGUAACAAAAUCAGUGAGAUGAUUCAAGGGUUAGCUACCCCAGUGGACCUGAAGCUGAAGCUGAUCCCCAUCCUGCAGCACAUGCACCACGAUGCUAUCUUGGCCUCCAGCGCCCGUCAGCUCCUGCAGCAGCUGGUCACAUCCUAUCCCUCCACCAGAAUGGUCAUCGUGUCUCUGCACACUUUCACUCUGCUUGCAGCCUCCUCUUUGGUUGACACACCCAAGCAGAUUCAGCUUCUGCUGCAGUAUUUGAAGAAUGAUCCAAGGAAAGCUGUGAAGAGACUUGCUGUUCAGGAUCUGAAACUGCUUGCUAGUAAGACACCACACACAUGGAGUAAGGAGAAUAUUCAGGCCCUCUGUGAGUGUGCACUGCACACUCCUUAUGACAGCUUGAAACUCGGGAUGUUGUCUGUCCUCUCCACACUGUCAGGGACCAUUGCCAUUAAGCAUUACUUCAGUGCAGUUCCAGGAAAUGUAGGCUCUUCCCCCAGAUCUUCUGAUUUAGUCAAAUUAGCCCAAGAAUGCUGUUACCAUAGCAACAGGGGCAUCGCAGCUCAUGGAGUGAGAGUGCUAACCAAUAUAACUGUGUCUUGUCAAGAAAAAGAUCUCUUGUCACUGGAGCAAGAUGCUGUCUUCGGUCUGGAAUCCCUUCUGGUGCUUUGUAGUCAAGAUGACAGUCCAGGUGCUCAGUCCACUGUAAAGAGUGCUCUCAGCUGUAUGGUGAAGCUGGCCAAGGGCCGGCCCCAUUUGAGCAGGUCAGUGGUCGACACUCUGCUAACCCAGCUGCACAGCUCUCAGGACGCUGCGCGGAUCCUCAUGUGCCACUGCCUGGCAGCCAUUGCCAUGCAGCUCCCGGUGCUGGGGGAUGGAAUGCUGGGUGACCUCGUGGAGCUCUACAAGGUGAUUGGGCGCUCAGCUACAGACAAGCAACAGGAGCUUCUGGUAAGUUUGGCUACUGUGAUUUUCGUCGCCAGCCAGAAAGCGUUGUCUGCGGACGUGAAGGCAGUGAUCAAGCAGCAGCUUGAGAGUGUCUCCAGCGGCUGGACCGUGUACCGGAUUGCCAGGCAGGCUUCCAGAAUGGGCAACCAUGACAUGGCGCGAGAGCUUUACCAGAGUUUGCUGACGCAGGUCGCAUCAGAACACUUCUACUUCUGGCUGAACAGUCUGAAGGAGUUCUCACAUGCAGAGCAGUGUCUGACGGGGCUGCAGGAGGACAGCUUUAGCUCAGCACUUUCCUGCAUUGCUGAGUCUUUGAAAUUCUACCACAAAGGGAUCGCCUCCUUAACAGCUGCCAGCACACCACUGAAUCCUUUGAGCUUUCAGUGCGAGUUUGUAAAGCUCAGGAUCGAUCUUCUCCAAGCCUUCUCGCAGCUUAUCUGCACUUGUAACAGCCUGAAGACAAGCCCUCCCCCUGCCAUCGCCACUACCAUCGCCAUGACCUUAGGAAACGACCUUCAGAGGUGCGGCCGGAUCUCCAGUCAGAUGAAGCAGUCCAUGGAAGAAUUCCGAAGCCUUGCUUCCCGGUACCGAGAUCUGUAUCAGGCAUCCUUUGAUGCAGACUCGGCAACUCUGAGGAAUGUAGAACUCCAGCAGCAGAGCUGCUUACUGAUAUCUCAUGCCAUAGAAGCCCUGGUUCUGGAUCCUGAAUCAGCAAGCUUCCAGGAGUACGGGUCCACAGGCACCGCCCAUGCCGACAGUGAGUAUGAGAGGAGGAUGAUGGCCGUGUACAGUCGUGUCCUGGAGGAGGUGGAGUCACUUAACCGGAAGUAUGCCCCAGUUUCCUACAUGCACACAGCAUGCCUCUGCAACGCCAUCAUUGCUCUGCUGAAAGUUCCUCUUUCAUUUCAGAGAUACUUUUUCCAGAAACUGCAGUCUACCAGCAUCAAGCUCGCUCUGUCCCCUUCUCCCCGGAACCCUGCAGAGCCCAUUGCGGUACAGAAUAACCAGCAGCUGGCGUUAAAGGUCGAGGGCGUUGUUCAGCACGGGUCUAAACCAGGACUGUUCCGCAGAAUCCAGUCUGUGUGUCUGAAUGUUUCUUCCUCACUGCAGAGUAAAUCCAGCCAAGACUACAAGAUUCCCAUUGACAGCAUGACCAAUGAGAUGGAGCAGAGGGUUGAGCCACAUAAUGAUUACUUCAGCACCCAGUUUCUGUUGAACUUUGCUGUCCUUGGAACACACAGCAUUACAGUAGAGUCAUCAGUGAGAGAUGCCAAUGGCAUCGUCUGGAAGACUGGCCCCAGAACUACCAUGUUUGUCAAAUCCCUGGAAGACCCCUACUCCCAGCAGAUUCGCCUACAGCAGCAGCAAGCCCAGCAGCCUUUGCAGCCGCAGCCACAGCCACAGCCUCAGCCUCAGCCUCGCAGUGCCUACACCCGGUUUUAGCUGUGCUACAAGCAUUCUACUGCCACACUGCACAGCCAUCAGACUACAGGAAGUACAGACUACUAUACUCGUGUGUGUUAAGUGUCCCUGUUACAGUGUGAAAUCCAGUACUCACUGAUUUCUGUAAUGUAGCAUUCUGGUGGUUAUUUUUUUCUUAAAAAUUUAGUGUAAGAAAUAACCCGGCUUUUAGCCAAAAUAGUGCAUUUUUUUCAUUUCUUAAACCCAGUCUUCUGACACACACUUGGCAUUUUGGUUGUAUUAUUCUUUGUGGUUGGUGAGCUUUUCUUCUUCCAAGAAUAGUCACAGAUCAUUGGUAAAUUUGACUGUGUCACUACCAGAAUUAUUGUGCUGACUGGCCCAGACCUGGGGUUUUGAGGCAGGUAGGCAGGGGAAGUACUACUGAGUCUGUGCAGUGCUCAUCCAGGGCUAGAGAAUGAGGCCUUCAUAGAGGGGCUGGAGAGCCAACAGCACCUGCCUUCUGGUCUGUGGGAGCCCGUGGUCCCCAGGCUCUGCAUCCUGCUGUGUUGCUGACACCUCUUACCCAUCUUAAGCCCUGAAGCAAUACUAGUAUAUUGUUUUGGUCUUUUUUUGGGGGGGGGGGGGCGGUUGGGUUUUUGGAUUUGUUUUUUUCGAGACAGGAUUUCUCUGUAUUGUCCUGGAAUUUACUCUGUAGACCAGGCUGGCCUCGAACUCAGAAAUCCACCUGCCUCUGCCUCCCAGAGUGCUGGGAUUACAGGCGUGUGCCACCACUGCCGAGCUUGUUUUGGUCUUUGACCCAAAAGCAGCUUACAGCUACUUAGAAAAGUUGGAAGUGAAUAGUGUGUUGUUUUUUUCUGGCGUGUGACUAGUGUGGACUUACUACAUUUUUUUCUACAAAUGGAAUGUGGUUCACAUAUGUCUUCCUGUUUGAUGUAAAGGGGACAGAUCCUUCCCUCCCUCUGGUUUCUACUAGAUGGCCUGAUGUCUAGACAGCAGUCUCUGUGAUGUAACCUCAGCUGGGAUGCUCAGGGAACAGACUCUGGCUAGCCAGAAAAGCCCUUUUUCUACUUCAGUCAUGGUUGGAACCCACAUGACGACACACUUAUUCCAGGUUUAACAGUUGACUAUGGUUGCUUCUCAGUGCUCCACAGUUAAUACAGACGAUGAGCUGAGCCUGCCGAUACCCGGGUGGUCAUUGGUGUUGGGUGCAGUGUGGCUGCUGAGGGACGAGCCCUGGAUUUCCCUGUGUAAAUAAAUCUAAUUUCUUUGCUCA